AGGAGUGUGGAAAGACCCACCUUCAAAUCCACCAUGGCGUGGAGUAUAUCUACACUCUGUGUUCUGGCCCUAGCUUUGACCUAUGGCCUCCAGGUGAACGCAAUAAGGGUACGCCGGAGCAACCAUGUCAGCAACAUUUGUAGCAUGUGGGGAAAUUUCCACUUUAAGACGUUUGAUGGAGAUUUCUACCAGUACCGAGGUACUUGUGAAUACAACCUAGUCUCUGACUGCCAGGGGUCUGUGCAGGGUUUCUCUGUGCAUGCUAAAAGAGCAGGGACAGCUGACAACCCAUACAUCACCAGAUUGCUGAUCACUAUUGGAGACAUGCCCAUUGAGCUCACCAAGAACCUGGUUAUGGUGAACAGCGAAAUUGUUAAACUCCCACACUAUGUAGGAGGGAUAAUGCUUGAAGAGAACUCUAUCUAUAUUAAAGUUUAUGCCAAACUGGGCCUCAGCAUCUUAUGGAAUAGAGCUGAUGCUAUCACGCUGGAACUGGACCCUAAAUAUUCUAAUCAGAGCUGUGGACUUUGUGGAGAUUUCAAUGGAGUUCCUGUUUAUAACGAGUUCCUAAGUGAUGGUCGUAUAACUGGCAUUAUUGAGUUUGGCAACAAACACAGGAUCCAUAACCCCACUCACGUCUGUGAGGACCCUUAUGAAGAAACUGACAGUCAAAACAGCACAGACGAGAAGUGUCAAUCAUUUCGAGAAGGCUGUUCCGAGCUGCUGAUGGAGAAUUCCUGGUCCUCCUGUCAGAACAUUUUGAGUCCAGAGCAUUAUAUUCAAGCUUGCAUGAUGGACAGGUGCGCCCCUCUCUCAACGGACGUGGAGAACACUGCUCUCUGUAGCACCUUGUCCGAGUACUCACGCCAGUGCUCCCAUGCAGGAGGAACGCCACCUAACUGGAGAACACCAACCUUUUGUGCUAUCAAAUGCCCCUCUACCAUGGAAUACUCUGAGAGUGGUUCCCCUUGUCUGGAUACGUGCUCAAACACAGACACCAGCUCACUGUGUGAGGAACACAAGAUGGAUGGCUGCUUUUGCCCAUCUGGUACCGUGUAUGAUGAUCUGUCUAACAGAGGUUGUAUCACUAAGGAUCAGUGCCAGUGUAAACAUGACAAUUUGUACAACCCUGGAGAGGUUCUGGUCAAGGAUGAUGAAAAAUGUGUGUGUCAGCAGGGAAAGUGGAUCUGCAAGACUCUGCCUGCCCCAGGUGUGUGUCUUAUGCAGGAGGGUUCCCACUUCACUACAUUUGAUGGAAAAGAAUUUACCUUCCAUGGAAACUGCUAUUAUGUUCUUUCCAAGGACUGUGUGGACUCAAAGUUUGCUAUUUUGGCACAACUUGCUCCUUGUGUUGACCAGAAAACAGACACUUGCCUGAAAUCAAUUCGAAUACAACUCAACAAUGACAAGAAUAAUGUCUUAAUCAUCAAAGAUGAUGGCACAGUAAAGCAUAAUGGAGAUAUAUCACUCCCUUACACCACUGUUGAAUUCACAGUAUUCAGUCCAUCGUCCUACUACAUCAUAUUGCAGACCACAUUUGAGCUCCAGAUCCAGGUACAGCUGGUUCCACUCAUGCAGCUCUACAUCAGGCUGGAUCAGAGAUUCCAGUCCAAGACCUGUGGUCUGUGUGGAAACUUCAACAAGAUGCUGUCUGAUGAACUGAGGACCCCACAAGGUAUAGUUGAAGGGACAGCUACAUCCUUUGGGAAUUCCUGGAAGGCUCAGACCAACUGUCUUGACAGUACUGAGAGGCUUGAUGACCCGUGCAGCUACAACAUAGACAGCGAGAGAUUUGCAGAGCACUGGUGCUCUAAACUGAAGGAGAAGGAAGGCGUUUUUGCCAAAUGCCAUUCGACUGUUAACCCAGAAAACUACUACAAGAGAUGUAAAUACUCAAGCUGUACGUGUGAGAAGAGCGAGGACUGUUUGUGUGCUGUCGUUUCCUCCUACGUUCAAGCAUGCGCAGCAAAGGGGUUGUUCCUGCAAAACUGGAGAAACACAGUGUGUGAUAAAUACAGUACAAGCUGCCCAGCGUCACAGGAUUUCAUCUACAAGAUUCAGCAAUGCCAGCGCACAUGUGACUCCCUUAGCUUGGAACGUCAGGGCUGCAGUACUGAGUACGUGCCCGUGGAUGGGUGUGCCUGUCCAGAAGGGCUCUAUAAGAGUGAGAAUGAUGUUUGUGUGCCUAUAGAGAAAUGCCCCUGCUAUUACAAUGGAGAGCACAUUAAACCUGGCAAGUCAAUCAACAUCAAAAAUGAGCACUGUCUUUGUAAAAAUGGAAAGCUUCAGUGCCAAUCGUGGGAUAUUAUUCAUGAGUGUGUUGCUCCAAAGACUUUCUUUAACUGCAGUACUGCAGGGCCGGAUCAGCAUGGGUUAGAGUGUGCACCAACAUGCGCACAAAAGAACGUUGAUUGUUAUCUCACCGACUGUGAGUCAGGAUGCAAGUGUCCUGAAGACCUGCUUGAUGAUGGUCGUGGUUUCUGUGUUAAGGAGCAUGAUUGCCCUUGCAAACAUGACAGUUACUUUUAUGCUCCAGGUUCUCAAAUAACAGACCACUGUAACAAAUGCACCUGUAAAGGUGGCGAGUGGGAUUGCACCGAGAAAAAAUGCCCUGGCAGUUGCACCAUCUAUGGCAGUGGACAUUACAACACUUUCGAUAAGCAAAUAUUUGGUUUUAGUGGAGAUUGUAGUUAUAUAGCUCUCCAGAACAAGUGUGGAAAUAAGACGGGGACAUUUCAUGUGAUCACCGAGAAUGUACCAUGUGGGACAACAGGGACCACUUGUUCCAAAGCUGUUCGAAUUGUAUUGGGAAAAACAGAGUUGCAAUUGAUGGAUGGUAAAAUAACAGAAAUUGAGCUUGAAACAGGUCUAUCUAUUAAGUACACUGAGAGAAAUGUGGGUCUUUACCUGGUCAUAGAAUCUGACAUUGGCCUAACAGUGUUGUGGGACCGUAAAACGACAGUCCGCAUCAUUCUUCAACCCCAGCAUAUGGGAGAGGUUUGUGGAUUGUGCGGAAACUACAAUGAAAAUGGCAAAGAUGACUUUACCACUCAAAGCUUGCUGCAAGUUUCUGAUGUUCUGCAGUUUGUAAACAGCUGGAAAGUACUCAGCCAGUGCCCAGAUGCUAAGCCAGACUUUGAUCCGUGUUUUAAAACACCUACCCGCUACACCUGGGCAAAACUGCAGUGCAGCAUCAUUAAAUCUGACACUUUCAAAGCUUGCCACAAUAAGGUGGCUUGGACCCCAUAUUUUGAAAACUGUGUAAAAGACUCAUGUUCAUGUGAUACUGGUGGGGACUGUGAGUGUUUAUGCACUGCUGUGGCAGCUUAUGCACAAGCCUGUAAUGAAGCAGGAGUCUGUGUGGCCUGGAGAACCCCAGAGAUCUGUCCUGUGUUCUGUGACUACUACAAUCACCAGUUUGAUUGCACAUGGCACUACAGUCCCUGUCACACACCAUGCUACAAAACCUGCCUCAAUACUCAAGGCAUCUGCAACAACUCUUUACCUAAUGUAGAGGGGUGUUAUCCCACAUGUCCAGAGGACAAGCCUAUUUUUGAUGAGGCAACUCAGACUUGCGUUGUGAUAUGUCCUACAUGCUACAAAAAUGGCACUGAGUAUAAGCCUGGGGAGGAAAUACCAACUGAAAUACCAUGCCAAUCAUGUCAUUGUGAUAAAAAUGGAACAGAAGUAUGUGUAACCAAAACUGGAUGCUGCGUUUACAAUGGAACAGCAUAUAAUGAUACUGAUUCCAUAUACAAUGGAACGGACAAUAUGGGAACAUGUUACAAUGCUACAUGCAUAAAUGGCACUGUCAUUGAGGACCGGUACCCCUGUGGUACUACCACAACACCACCACCACCAACAACAACAACGCCUGUAUCAACGACAACAGGGGAAGUCAGUACAACAACUCAAACUGAGACCACAUCUACCCCUGGAACAACAACUAAAGCAACAACUACUCCAGUGACGACAACAACAGCAACAACAACAACAACAUCUGUAUCAACUACAACAGGGGAAGUCACUACAACAACUCAAACUGAGGCAACAACGACGACUGAACCUCCUACAACUACACCAUGCAUCUAUGAAUGUAAAUGGUCUAAAUGGUUAAGUGUCUCUGACCCAGUGGAAGAAGGAGGAGAUGAUUUAGAAACCUAUGAACAUAUAAAAAAUAAGGGAAAUGAGAUAUGCGAACUUCCAGAAACCAUCAAUUGCAGACCUGUGGAUAAUCCUAAUAUGACAUUUGAACAGUUUGUACAAGAAACAGGUCAGGUUGUGCAGUGCGAUGUUUCAUUUGGUUUAGUGUGUGAAAAGAGUAAACAGACAGAACGCCCAUACAAAUGUUUUAAUUAUGAAAUUCAAGUAUGGUGUUGUGAAUGUCUAAAUGAAACAACAACAGCAACAACAACACCUUUAUCAACGACAACAGGGGAAGUCAGUACAACAACUCAAACUGAGACCACAUCUACCACUGGAACAACAACUAAAGCAACAACUACUCCAGUGACAACAACAACAUUAACAACAACACCUGGAUCAACGACAACAGGGGAGGUCAGUACAACAACUCAAACUGAGACCACAUCUACCCUUGGAACAACAACUACUCCCGUGACAACAACAACGACAGCAACAACAUCACCUGUAUCAACUACAACAGGGGAAAUUAGUACAACAACUCAAACUGAGACCACAUCUACCCCUGGAACAACAACUAAAGCAACAACUACUCCCGUGACAACAACAACAGCAACAACAACAAUACAUGGAUCAACUACAACAGGGGAAGUCAGUACAACAACUCAAACUGAGACACCUACAACUGGAACAACUACCAAAGCCACAACUACUCCAGUGUUGACAACAACAACAGCAGCAACAACAACACCUGGAUCAACUACAACAGGGGAAAUCAGUACAACAACUCAAACUGAGACCACAUCUACCCCUGGAACAACAACUAAAGCAACAACUACUCCCGUGACAACAACAACAACAGCAAAAACAACAACACCUGGAUCAACUACAACAGUGGAAAUCAGUACAACAACUCAAACUGAGACACCUACAACUGGAACAACUACCAAAGCCUCAACUACUCCAGUGGUGACAACAACAACAGCAACAACAACAACACCUGGAUCAACUACAACAGGGGAAAUCAGUACAACAACUCAAACUGAGACACCUACAACUGGAACAACUACCAAAGCCUCAACUACUACAGUGGUGACAACAACAACAGCAACAACAACAACACCUGGAUCAACUACAACAGGGGAAAUCAGUACAACAACUCAAACUGAGACCACAUCUACCCCUGGAACAACAACUAAAGCAACAACUACUCCAGUGACAACAACAACAACAACACCGGGAUCAACUACAACAGGGGAGGUCAGUACAACAACUCAAACUGAGACCACAUCUGCCCCUGGAACAACAACUAAAGCAACAACUACUCCACUGACAACAACAAGAUCAACACCUGUAUCAACUACAACAGGGGAGGUCAGUACAACAACUCAAACUGAGACCACAUCUACCCCUGGAACAACAACUAAAGCAACAACUACUCCCGUGACAACAACAACAACAGCAAAAACAACAACACCUGGAUCAACUACAACAGCGGAAAUCAGUACAACAACUCAAACUGAGACACCUACAACUGGAACAACUACCAAAGCCUCAACUACUCCAGUGGUGACAACAACAACAGCAACAACAACAACACCUGGAUCAACUACAACAGGGGAAAUCAGUACAACAACUCAAACUGAGACACCUACAACUGGAACAACUACCAAAGCCUCAACUACUACAGUGGUGACAACAACAACAGCAACAACAACAACACCUGGAUCAACUACAACAGGGGAAAUCAGUACAACAACUCAAACUGAGACCACAUCUACCCCUGGAACAACAACUAAAGCAACAACUAGUCCAGUGACAACAACAACAACACCGGGAUCAACUACAACAGGGGAGGUCAGUACAACAACUCAAACUGAGACCACAUCUGCCCCUGGAACAACAACUAAAGCAACAACUACUCCACUGACAACAACAAGAUCAACACCUGUAUCAACUACAACAGGGGAGGUCAGUACAACAACUCAAACUGAGACCACAUCUACCCCUGGAACAACAACUAAAGCAACAACUACUCCCGUGACAACAACAACAACAGCAAAAACAACAACACCUGGAUCAACUACAACAGCGGAAAUCAGUACAACAACUCAAACUGAGACACCUACAACUGGAACAACUACCAAAGCCUCAACUACUCCAGUGGUGACAACAACAACAGCAACAACAACAACACCUGGAUCAACUACAACAGGGGAAAUCAGUACAACAACUCAAACUGAGACACCUACAACUGGAACAACUACCAAAGCCUCAACUACUACAGUGGUGACAACAACAACAGCAACAACAACAACACCUGGAUCAACUACAACAGGGGAAAUCAGUACAACAACUCAAACUGAGACCACAUCUACCCCUGGAACAACAACUAAAGCAACAACUACUCCAGUGACAACAACAACAACACCGGGAUCAACUACAACAGGGGAGGUCAGUACAACAACUCAAACUGAGACCACAUCUGCCCCUGGAACAACAACUAAAGCAACAACUACUCCACUGACAACAACAAGAUCAACACCUGUAUCAACUACAACAGGGGAGGUCAGUACAACAACUCAAACUGAGACCACAUCUACCCCUGGAACAACAACUAAAGCAACAACUACUCCCGUGACAACAACAACAACAGCAAAAACAACAACACCUGGAUCAACUACAACAGCGGAAAUCAGUACAACAACUCAAACUGAGACACCUACAACUGGAACAACUACCAAAGCCUCAACUACUCCAGUGGUGACAACAACAACAGCAACAACAACAACACCUGGAUCAACUACAACAGGGGAAAUCAGUACAACAACUCAAACUGAGACACCUACAACUGGAACAACUACCAAAGCCUCAACUACUACAGUGGUGACAACAACAACAGCAACAACAACAACACCUGGAUCAACUACAACAGGGGAAAUCAGUACAACAACUCAAACUGAGACCACAUCUACCCCUGGAACAACAACUAAAGCAACAACUACUCCAGUGACAACAACAACAACACCGGGAUCAACUACAACAGGGGAGGUCAGUACAACAACUCAAACUGAGACCACAUCUGCCCCUGGAACAACAACUAAAGCAACAACUACUCCACUGACAACAACAAGAUCAACACCUGUAUCAACUACAACAGGGGAGGUCAGUACAACAACUCAAACUGAGACCACAUCUACCCCUGGAACAACAACUAAAGCAACAACUACUCCCGUGACAACAACAACAACAGCAAAAACAACAACACCUGGAUCAACUACAACAGCGGAAAUCAGUACAACAACUCAAACUGAGACACCUACAACUGGAACAACUACCAAAGCCUCAACUACUCCAGUGGUGACAACAACAACAGCAACAACAACAACACCUGGAUCAACUACAACAGGGGAAAUCAGUACAACAACUCAAACUGAGACACCUACAACUGGAACAACUACCAAAGCCUCAACUACUACAGUGGUGACAACAACAACAGCAACAACAACAACACCUGGAUCAACUACAACAGGGGAAAUCAGUACAACAACUCAAACUGAGACCACAUCUACCCCUGGAACAACAACUAAAGCAACAACUACUCCAGUGACAACAACAACAACACCGGGAUCAACUACAACAGGGGAGGUCAGUACAACAACUCAAACUGAGACCACAUCUGCCCCUGGAACAACAACUAAAGCAACAACUACUCCACUGACAACAACAAGAUCAACACCUGUAUCAACUACAACAGGGGAGGUCAGUACAACAACUCAAACUGAGACCACAUCUACCCCUGGAACAACAACUAAAGCAACAACUACUCCCGUGACAACAACAACAACAGCAAAAACAACAACACCUGGAUCAACUACAACAGCGGAAAUCAGUACAACAACUCAAACUGAGACACCUACAACUGGAACAACUACCAAAGCCUCAACUACUCCAGUGGUGACAACAACAACAGCAACAACAACAACACCUGGAUCAACUACAACAGGGGAAAUCAGUACAACAACUCAAACUGAGACACCUACAACUGGAACAACUACCAAAGCCUCAACUACUACAGUGGUGACAACAACAACAGCAACAACAACACCUGGAUCAACUACAACAGGGGAAAUCAGUACAACAACUCAAACUGAGACCACAUCUACCCCUGGAACAACAACUAAAGCAACAACUACUCCAGUGACAACAACAACAACACCGGGAUCAACUACAACAGGGGAGGUCAGUACAACAACUCAAACUGAGACCACAUCUGCCCCUGGAACAACAACUAAAGCAACAACUACUCCACUGACAACAACAAGAUCAACACCUGUAUCAACUACAACAGGGGAGGUCAGUACAACAACUCAAACUGAGACCACAUCUACCCCUGGAACAACAACUAAAGCAACAACUACUCCCGUGACAACAACAACAACAGCAAAAACAACAACACCUGGAUCAACUACAACAGCGGAAAUCAGUACAACAACUCAAACUGAGACACCUACAACUGGAACAACUACCAAAGCCUCAACUACUCCAGUGGUGACAACAACAACAGCAACAACAACAACACCUGGAUCAACUACAACAGGGGAAAUCAGUACAACAACUCAAACUGAGACACCUACAACUGGAACAACUACCAAAGCCUCAACUACUACAGUGGUGACAACAACAACAGCAACAACAACAACACCUGGAUCAACUACAACAGGGGAAAUCAGUACAACAACUCAAACUGAGACCACAUCUACCCCUGGAACAACAACUAAAGCAACAACUACUCCAGUGACAACAACAACAACACCGGGAUCAACUACAACAGGGGAGGUCAGUACAACAACUCAAACUGAGACCACAUCUGCCCCUGGAACAACAACUAAAGCAACAACUACUCCACUGACAACAACAAGAUCAACACCUGUAUCAACUACAACAGGGGAGGUCAGUACAACAACUCAAACUGAGACCACAUCUACCCCUGGAACAACAACUAAAGCAACAACUACUCCCGUGACAACAACAACAACAGCAAAAACAACAACACCUGGAUCAACUACAACAACGGAAAUCAGUACAACAACUCAAACUGAGACACCUACAACUGGAACAACUACCAAAGCCUCAACUACUCCAGUGGUGACAACAACAGCAACAACAACAACACCUGGAUCAACUACAACAGGGGAAAUCAGUACAACAACUCAAACUGAGACACCUACAACUGGAACAACUACCAAAGCCUCAACUACUACAGUGGUGACAACAACAACAGCAACAACAACAACACCUGGAUCAACUACAACAGGGGAAAUCAGUACAACAACUCAAACUGAGACCACAUCUACCCCUGGAACAACAACUAAAGCAACAACUACUCCAGUGACAACAACAACAACAACACCGGGAUCAACUACAACAGGGGAGGUCAGUACAACAACUCAAACUGAGACCACAUCUGCCCCUGGAACAACAACUAAAGCAACAACUACUCCACUGACAACAACAAGAUCAACACCUGUAUCAACUACAACAGGGGAGGUCAGUACAACAACUCAAACUGAGACCACAUCUACCCCUGGAACAACAACUAAAGCAACAACUACUCCAGUGACAACAACAACAACACCGGGAUCAACUACAACAGGGGAGGUCAGUACAACAACUCAACCUGAGACCACAUCUACCCCUGUGACAACAACUAAAAAAACAACUAUUCCCGUGACAACAACACCAACAGCAACAACAAAAACACCUGGAUCAACGACAACAGGGGAAGUCACUACAACAACUCAAACUGAGACACCUACAACUGGAACAACUACCAAAGCCACAACUACUCCAGUGGUAACAACAACAACACCUGUAUCAACUACAACAGGGGAGGUCAGUAGAACAACUCAAACUGAGACCACAUCUACCCGUGGAACAACAACUAAAGCAACAACUACUCCCGUGACAACAACAGCAACAACAACAAUACCUGGAUCAACUACAACAGCGGAAGUCAGUACAACAACUCAAACUGAGACACCUACAACUGGAACAACUACCAAAGCAACAACUACUCCAGUGCUGACAACAACAACAGCAGCAACGACAACACCUGUAUCAACGACAACAGGGGAAGUCACUACAACAACUCAAACUGAGACACCGACAACUGGAACAACUACCAAAGCCACAACUACUCCAGUGGUGACAACAACAACAGCAGCAACAACAACACCUGUGUCAACGACAACAGGGGAAGUCACUACAACAACUCAAACUGAGACACCUACAACUGGAACAACUACCAAAGCCUCAACUACUCCAGUGGUGACAACAACAACACCUGGAUCAACUACAACAGGGGAAAUCAGUACAACAACUCAAACUGAGACCACAUCUACCCCUGGGACAACAACUAAAGCAACAACUACUCCAGUGAUAACAACAAUGACAGCAACAACAACGCCUGUAUCAACGACAACAGGGGAAGUCAGUACAACAACUCAAACUGAGACUACAUCUGCCCCUGGAACAACAACUAAAGCAACAACUACUCCAGUGACAACAACAACAGCAGUAACAACAACACCUGGAUCAACGACAACAGUGGAAGUCAGUACAACAACUCAAACUGAGACCACAUCUGCCCCUGGAACAACAACUAAAGCAACAACUACUCCAGUGACAACAACAACAAAAGCAACAACAACGCCUGUAUCAACAACAACAGGGGAAGUCAGUACAACAACUCAAACUGAGACCACAUCUACCCGUGGAACAACAACUAAAGCAACAACUACUCCAGUGACAACAACAGCAAGAACAACACCUGUAUCAACUACAACAGGGGAGGUCAGUACAACAACUCAAACUGAGACCACUUCUACCCUUGGAACAACAACUAAAUCACCAACACCUACGAAGACAACAGAAGAAACACAUGGUUCACUUAGAACAGGGCCAACUACCAAAUAUACUACAUCAGUGGCACCUCAAAAAUCACCUAAUGGAACAACUACCCAGCUACCAACUAAUCCAACAGCAACAACAUCAACUGUAUCAACUACAACAGGGGAAAUUAGUACAACAACUCAAACUGAGACCACAUCUACCCCUGGAACAACAACUAAAGCAACAACUACUCCACUGACAACAACAACAGCAAGAACAACACCUGUAUCAACUACAACAGGGGAGUUCAGUACAACAACUCAAACUGAGAACACAUCUACGCCUGGAACAACAACUAAAGCAACAACUACUCCCGUGACAACAACAACAACAGCAAAAACAACAACACCUGGAUCAACUACAACAGCGGAAAUCAGUACAACAACUCAAACUGAGACACCUACAACUGGAACAACUACCAAAGCCUCAACUACUCCAGUGGUGACAACAACAACAGCAACAACAACAACACCUGGAUCAACUACAACAGGGGAAAUCAGUACAACAACUCAAACUGAGACACCUACAACUGGAACAACUACCAAAGCCUCAACUACUACAGUGGUGACAACAACAACAGCAACAACAACAACACCUGGAUCAACUACAACAGGGGAAAUCAGUACAACAACUCAAACUGAGACCACAUCUACCCCUGGAACAACAACUAAAGCAACAACUAGUCCAGUGACAACAACAACAACACCGGGAUCAACUACAACAGGGGAGGUCAGUACAACAACUCAAACUGAGACCACAUCUGCCCCUGGAACAACAACUAAAGCAACAACUACUCCACUGACAACAACAAGAUCAACACCUGUAUCAACUACAACAGGGGAGGUCAGUACAACAACUCAAACUGAGACCACAUCUACGCCUGGAACAACAACUAAAGCAACAACUACUCCCGUGACAACAACAACAACAGCAAAAACAACAACACCUGGAUCAACUACAACAGCGGAAAUCAGUACAACAACUCAAACUGAGACACCUACAACUGGAACAACUACCAAAGCCUCAACUACUCCAGUGGUGACAACAACAACAGCAACAACAACAACACCUGGAUCAACUACAACAGGGGAAAUCAGUACAACAACUCAAACUGAGACACCUACAACUGGAACAACUACCAAAGCCUCAACUACUACAGUGGUGACAACAACAACAGCAACAACAACAACACCUGGAUCAACUACAACAGGGGAAAUCAGUACAACAACUAAAACUGAGACCACAUCUACCCCUGGAACAACAACUAAAGCAACAACUACUCCAGUGACAACAACAACAACACCGGGAUCAACUACAACAGGGGAGGUCAGUACAACAACUCAAACUGAGACCACAUCUGCCCCUGGAACAACAACUAAAGCAACAACUACUCCACUGACAACAACAAGAUCAACACCUGUAUCAACUACAACAGGGGAGGUCAGUACAACAACUCAAACUGAGACCACAUCUACCCCUGGAACAACAACUAAAGCAACAACUACUCCCGUGACAACAACAACAACAACAACAGCAAAAACAACAACACCUGGAUCAACUACAACAGCGGAAAUCAGUACAACAACUCAAACUGAGACACCUACAACUGGAACAACUACCAAAGCCUCAACUACUCCAGUGGUGACAACAACAACAGCAACAACAACAACACCUGGAUCAACUACAACAGGGGAAAUCAGUACAACAACUCAAACUGAGACACCUACAACUGGAACAACUACCAAAGCCUCAACUACUACAGUGGUGACAACAACAACAGCAACAACAACAACACCUGGAUCAACUACAACAGGGGAAAUCAGUACAACAACUCAAACUGAGACCACAUCUACCCCUGGAACAACAACUAAAGCAACAACUACUCCAGUGACAACAACAACAACACCGGGAUCAACUACAACAGGGGAGGUCAGUACAACAACUCAAACUGAGACCACAUCUGCCCCUGGAACAACAACUAAAGCAACAACUACUCCACUGACAACAACAAGAUCAACACCUGUAUCAACUACAACAGGGGAGGUCAGUACAACAACUCAAACUGAGACCACAUCUACGCCUGGAACAACAACUAAAGCAACAACUACUCCCGUGACAACAACAACAACAGCAAAAACAACAACACCUGGAUCAACUACAACAGCGGAAAUCAGUACAACAACUCAAACUGAGACACCUACAACUGGAACAACUACCAAAGCCUCAACUACUCCAGUGGUGACAACAACAACAGCAACAACAACAACACCUGGAUCAACUACAACAGGGGAAAUCAGUACAACAACUCAAACUGAGACACCUACAACUGGAACAACUACCAAAGCCUCAACUACUACAGUGGUGACAACAACAACAGCAAAAACAACAACACCUGGAUCAACUACAACAGCGGAAAUCAGUACAACAACUCAAACUGAGACACCUACAACUGGAACAACUACCAAAGCCUCAACUACUCCAGUGGUGACAACAACAACAGCAACAACAACAACACCUGGAUCAACUACAACAGGGGAAAUCAGUACAACAACUCAAACUGAGACACCUACAACUGGAACAACUACCAAAGCCUCAACUACUACAGUGGUGACAACAACAACAGCAACAACAACAACACCUGGAUCAACAACAACAGGGGAAAUCAGUACAACAACUAAAACUGAGACCACAUCUACCCCUGGAACAACAACUAAAGCAACAACUACUCCAGUGACAACAACAACAACACCGGGAUCAACUACAACAGGGGAGGUCAGUACAACAACUCAAACUGAGACCACAUCUGCCCCUGGAACAACAACUAAAGCAACAACUACUCCACUGACAACAACAAGAUCAACACCUGUAUCAACUACAACAGGGGAGGUCAGUACAACAACUCAAACUGAGACCACAUCUACCCCUGGAACAACAACUAAAGCAACAACUACUCCCGUGACAACAACAACAACAGCAAAAACAACAACACCUGGAUCAACUACAACAGCGGAAAUCAGUACAACAACUCAAACUGAGACACCUACAACUGGAACAACUACCAAAGCCUCAACUACUCCAGUGGUGACAACAACAACAGCAACAACAACAACACCUGGAUCAACUACAACAGGGGAAAUCAGUACAACAACUCAAACUGAGACACCUACAACUGGAACAACUACCAAAGCCUCAACUACUACAGUGGUGACAACAACAACAGCAACAACAACAACACCUGGAUCAACUACAACAGGGGAAAUCAGUACAACAACUCAAACUGAGACCACAUCUACCCCUGGAACAACAACUAAAGCAACAACUACUCCAGUGACAACAACAACAACACCGGGAUCAACUACAACAGGGGAGGUCAGUACAACAACUCAAACUGAGACCACAUCUGCCCCUGGAACAACAACUAAAGCAACAACUACUCCACUGACAACAACAAGAUCAACACCUGUAUCAACUACAACAGGGGAGGUCAGUACAACAACUCAAACUGAGACCACAUCUACGCCUGGAACAACAACUAAAGCAACAACUACUCCCGUGACAACAACAACAACAACAGCAAAAACAACAACACCUGGAUCAACUACAACAGCGGAAAUCAGUACAACAACUCAAACUGAGACACCUACAACUGGAACAACUACCAAAGCCUCAACUACUCCAGUGGUGACAACAACAACAGCAACAACAACAACACCUGGAUCAACUACAACAGGGGAAAUCAGUACAACUCAAACUGAGACACCUACAACUGGAACAACUACCAAAGCCUCAACUACUACAGUGGUGACAACAACAACAGCAAAAACAACAACACCUGGAUCAACUACAACAGCGGAAAUCAGUACAACAACUCAAACUGAGACACCUACAACUGGAACAACUACCAAAGCCUCAACUACUCCAGUGGUGACAACAACAACAGCAACAACAACAACACCUGGAUCAACUACAACAGGGGAAAUCAGUACAACAACUCAAACUGAGACACCUACAACUGGAACAACUACCAAAGCCUCAACUACUACAGUGGUGACAACAACAACAGCAACAACAACAACACCUGGAUCAACUACAACAGGGGAAAUCAGUACAACAACUAAAACUGAGACCACAUCUACCCCUGGAACAACAACUAAAGCAACAACUACUCCAGUGACAACAACAACAACAACAACACCGGGAUCAACUACAACAGGGGAGGUCAGUACAACAACUCAAACUGAGACCACAUCUGCCCCUGGAACAACAACUAAAGCAACAACUACUCCACUGACAACAACAAGAUCAACACCUGUAUCAACUACAACAGGGGAGGUCAGUACAACAACUCAAACUGAGACCACAUCUACCCCUGGAACAACAACUAAAGCAACAACUACUCCCGUGACAACAACAACAACAGCAAAAACAACAACACCUGGAUCAACUACAACAGCGGAAAUCAGUACAACAACUCAAACUGAGACACCUACAACUGGAACAACUACCAAAGCCUCAACUACUACAGUGGUGACAACAACAACAGCAACAACAACAACACCUGGAUCAACUACAACAGGGGAAAUCAGUACAACAACUCAAACUGAGACACCUACAACUGGAACAACUACCAAAGCCUCAACUACUACAGUGGUGACAACAACAACAGCAACAACAACAACACCUGGAUCAACUACAACAGGGGAAAUCAGUACAACAACUCAAACUGAGACACCUACAACUGGAACAACUACCAAAGCCUCAACUACUACAGUGGUGACAACAACAACAGCAACAACAACAACACCUGGAUCAACUACAACAGGGGAAAUCAGUACAACAACUCAAACUGAGACCACAUCUACCCCUGGAACAACAACUAAAGCAACAACUACUCCAGUGACAACAACAACAAAAGCAACAACAACGCCUUUAUCAACGACAACAGGGGAAAUCAGUACAACAACUCAAACUGAGACCACAUCUACCCCUGGAACAACAACUAAAGCAACACCUACUCCAGUGACAACAACAACGACAGCAACAACAACACCUGUAUCAACGACAACAGGGGAAGUCAGUACAACAACUCAAACUGAGACUACAUCUGCCCCUGGAACAACAACUAAAGCAACAACUAUUCCAGUGACAACAACAACAACAGCAGUAACAACAACACCUGGAUCAACUACAACAGGGGAAGUCAGCACAACAACUCAAACUGAGACCACAUCUGCCCCAGGAACAACAACUAAAGCAACAACUACUCCAGUGACAACAACAACAGCAGUAACAACACCUGUAUCAACUACAACAGGGGAAAUCAGUACAACAACUCAAACUGAGACCACAUCUACCCCUGGAACAACAACUAAAGCAAUAACUACUCCAGUGACAACAACAGCAGCAGUAACAACACCUGUAUCAACUACAACAGGGGAAAUCAGUACAACAACUCAAACUGAGACCACAUCUACCCCUGGAACAACAACUAAAGCAACAACUACUCCAGUGACAACAACGACAGCAACAACAUCACCUGUAUCAACUACAACAGGGGAAAUCAGUACAACAACUCAAACUGAGACCACAUCUACCCCUCGAACUACACAUACUAUUCCCACAACCUCUACAUCUGUUCGAACAACUCCAUGUGUCUGCGUAAUAAAUGGAACAUCUUAUGAGCCAGGUGAAACGAUAAUUAAAAAUAAAGAAAUUGGCUUAGGUACAUGUUUGACCAUGAUCUGUUCUCCAAGUUGUGUAAUACAGAACACAACAGCUCCAUGCGGGGGUUGUCCACCAUGGGGAGUACAUAAAAAUGAGACAUUUGAGAUCUGUAACUGCACAAUGGCCAGGUGCAUUGAAAACUAUACUGUAGAGAUCAUCCCAUACCCAUGUCCACCUCUUCAAAACAUCACUUGUUUAAAUCGCCAAAAGCCUGUGGAAGUGUAUGAUGAGAAUUACUGCUGUAAACAACACGCUUGUGACUGCUUUUGUGAAGGCUGGGGUGAUCCUCACUAUAGAACAUUUGAUGGACUGUUCUAUAGUUAUCAAGGAGAAUGCACAUAUGUAUUAGUGGAGGAAAUCAAUCCUAAAUAUAACUUGAAAAUUUAUAUUGAUAAUGUCUAUUGUGACCCUCGAGAGCCUGUGUCCUGCCCGAGGGCUAUUAUUGUGGAGUACAAUAAAUUAGUGAUCACGCUGAAAAACAACAACCUUAUAGGAGCUACCAAACUGGAGGCUUUAAUGGCGGGUUCUUCUUUGAAAUUACCAUUUGCGCAAAAAGAUCUGACUGUGGUGAGCUCAGGUUUGAACUUGAUCCUGAGGAUUCCAAGGUUGAACGUUGUUGUGAUGUUUGGAAUCACUGGUUUCAGUGUCAACUUGCCAUUCCAACAUUUUGGGAACAACACUCAAGGACACUGUGGUACCUGCAACAACAACCAGGCUGAUGACUGCAUGCUACCAGAUGGGAGACUUGUAGAUGACUGUGCAGUAAUGGCAGACUAUUGGCAAGCUAAAGACAAGAGUGAAUCCACUUGCAAAUCACCACCAGUCCAUCCAGAAACAGCUGCACCCACAAAACCCUCUUGUCCAAACAACAAAGUGUGUGAGCUUCUGAAAAGCGAUUUGUUUAAGGAGUGUCAUCCCCUCCUCUCCCCUGAAAACUAUGUCACUGGCUGCCAGUUUGACAGUUGUCAUAUGAGCAACCAAGAUGUGGUCUGCACCAGUCUUCAGACCUAUGCAAUCGCUUGCUCACACCUUGGGGUCUGCAUAAACUGGAGGAACCACACUGAUCUAUGCCCAACCAACUGUCCAGCAGACAAAGUGUUCCAAGCCUGUGGACCUGUUGACCAACCAACCUGCAAAGACAACCCUGGAGACCAACAGAAGAUCACUACUGAGGGUUGUUUCUGUCCCGAGGGCACAAAGCUCUUCAGUAAGGAGUCAGCAGUGUGUGUUGACAAGUGUGGAUGCUUGGACCCCUCUGGUCAAGGACGAAAUUUUGGAGAAACGUUCCAGCAGGGUUGCCAGGACUGUGUCUGUGAUGAAACAUCUGUAUCCGUCGUGUGCAAAGAAAGAGUGUGUUCAAACAGCAACAAAGUAGUCAUUUGCAAUGAGCCAGGAUAUACUGUGGUCAAUGUGACAGAUUCAUCGGAUGCCUGUUGCACUGAGCUUACCUGCCGAUGUGAUAGCAGCACAUGUCCCAGUGUAAAUGACCAGUGUCCAAUCGGCUACACUCCUUCACUCAAAGUGCCUGAAGACAAAUGCUGCCCUGAGUUAACCUGCGAGGCAAAGGAAGUCUGUGUCCAUAAAGGACUGGAGUAUAAGCCUGGUACUACAGUCCCUGUGGUUGACUGCCAGAACUGUCGGUGUACCUGGGAUAAGAAUCCAGAAACGAAACUGUUUAAGAUCGAUUGUACACCUGUGGAUUGCGAUGAGAAGUGUGAAACAGGAUAUAAGUAUGUGGAAUCAGACACUGCUGAAUGCUGUGGCAAAUGCGUACAGAACAAAUGUAUUGUGAACUACAACAGCACAGUACACACAUUGGAGAAUGGAAAAGUAUGGAUUCCGCCAAAUGAUGCCUGUAAGAAGUUCAUCUGCACACUGAUUAAUGGAGAAUAUAUUACUACUAACUAUCAGAUCCAGUGCCCACCAUUCAACAUCACAAAUUGCCAGCCUGGUACCAUGCAAGUUACUGCUGAUGGCUGCUGCCCAGUCUGUGUGGAGACGAACACAGGAUGUAAAGUAGAGACCACUUUUGCUUCAAUCAGUCACAACAACUGCUGGUCAAAGAACACCGUGGCGCAAACACAAUGUCAAGGACACUGUAACAGCUACAGCAUGUACACUGACGUGAGUUCUUCAACUUGUAGCUGUUGCAAAGCGAGCCGCACUAGUUGGCGCACAGUGGAUCUGGAAUGCCUGAAUGGAGAUAUAGUACCCUACCGCUACAUGAAUGUGGAGGCAUGCAGCUGUGACCAGACUAAAUGUCUUGAAGGAGGCCAGCAGCAGCAGCAGCAAGAGGAGUAGGAGCAGCAGCAGAAGAAAAAAUUAUAGGAGAUACUCCUAUGAUGCAGUGCAGCGUCAGACUCCCUUAAGGAUGUCUGCAUUUUUCUCUCAGAUAUUUAGAAAAGAUUUCAAGUGCUUUAUCAUGCUUAUUUUCAAAUGUGUCUUUUAAAGCACCGCUUUGCUUUUCAAUUCAAAUAUAUGUAACUGUUUAAAUAAAGUGCAAUAUUAAAAGUC